GACGUAUUGUCAAGUGUUUUUACAUUAAUUUGUUAAUUAUAUUAUUAAUUAUUACAUCUUUUGUCUACAAUUGAACUAAAUUAUCUCUGAAACUAAGUUGUUUUAUUUUCUUACUUUCAAAAUCACUUAGAUAUCUGAUCAUCUAGUGAAAGUCAUGGCAACGAACGGCUUUACUGAUCACCACGAUGAGUAUCAGUAUCUUAAGCUUGUUAAGCAAAUUAUAGACACAGGCGACAAAAGAGUCGACAGAACUGGUGUCGGCACCUUGUCCAUUUUUGGAGCAAUGCAAAGAUAUUCACUUAGAAACCAUACUUUGCCCCUUUUGACCACGAAGCGGGUUUUUACUAGAGGAGUUCUGGAAGAAUUGCUAUGGAUGAUCUCUGGGUCAACUGAUGGCAAGGUCUUAGCCUCCAAAGGUGUUCAUAUUUGGGAUGCUAAUGGCUCAAGAGCUUUUCUAGAUAAUCUGGGCUUUACAGAUAGAGAAGAAGGAGACCUAGGUCCUGUGUAUGGAUUUCAAUGGAGACACAGUGGUGCUCAAUAUAUUGAUGCUAAAACUGAUUACAGUGGGCAAGGAAUUGACCAGCUCCAAAACAUAAUUGACAGUAUAAAGAAAAAUCCUGCAGAUAGAAGGAUGCUGAUGUGUGCUUGGAAUCCUUCAGAUCUGGGUAAAAUGGCCCUCCCGCCAUGCCAUUGCUUGGCCCAGUUCCAUGUGACCAGUGGCAGGCUGUCCUGUCUCUUGUACCAAAGAAGUGCCGACAUGGGCCUUGGCGUGCCCUUCAACAUUACGAGCUAUGCCUUUUUGACCCAUAUGAUUGCUCACAUUACGGGUCUUGAGGCUGGAGAAUUUGUGCACACAACAGGUGACACUCAUGUUUACCUAAAUCACAUUGAGCCUCUCAAAGUACAGUUGGAAAGGCAACCCAAACCAUUCCCAACAUUAGAGUUUGCACGGAAAGUAGAUUCCAUCGAUGACUUUAAAUAUGAAGAUUUCAUAAUUAAAGAUUACAAGCCACAUCCGAAGAUUGAUAUGCAGAUGGCAGUUUAAAUGGUUAUUUUUGGGUAUGAUAUUAAAAAUACUAUAUAUGACCAUAAGUAUUAUGUUCUAUUUUUAUUUUAUUAUGUAAACAAUGUAACUGUGCAGGUAUUAAUGUAGAUCAAAGAAAUCUAAAAAUCAUUAAAUUUAUUGCUUUUCAAAUUGUACUCUUCACUUACAUAUUUUACAACUACAAAUAAAACCCCAAUUUUAUUUUACUAAAUAGCGAUGCAAUUUAUAAAUAAAUAAAAAAUAAGUGAUGCUACUAAAAUAAACACUUCAUUACAAUGU